AUGGGGAGGCCACGGUCCCACCACCAUCACCACCAUCACCACCACCAGCAGGCGGACGCGCCCCCCGGGCCGUCGUCCUUGUUCCUGUUCAGCACCGACAACCCCGUCCGCCGGUACACCAGGUUCAUCAUCGAAUGGCCAUAUCCUUUUGAAACGCCCAAUUCUGUAAUUGUUUUCGUAUUUGUGCAAGACAUUGUAAUUUUAUUACUGUAUUUUUUCUUAAUUCAAUUAUUUUGCACUCCGUUCGAAUAUGCGGUGCUGUUAACCAUCAUAGCCAACUGCGUGGUGUUGGCUCUGGAGGAACAUCUGCCCAGGGGAGACAAGACUGUACUUGCUAAGACUUUGGAGGCAACCGAACUCGUUUUCCUAGCAAUUUUUUGCGUCGAAGCGACUCUCAAAAUAUUAGCUUUAGGUUUUUUACUGCACAGCGGCUCAUAUCUUCGUAAUAUAUGGAACAUUAUGGACUUUUUUGUAGUUGUAACAGGGUCAAUGACUGAAUUCAUGGAGUCCAACAUGCUGGACAUGAGGAUGUUGAGGUCCUUUCGGGUGCUCAGGCCUUUGAAACUGGUUUCGAGAAUCCCAAGUCUGCAAGUCGUGCUGAAGUCCAUCAUCAAGGCGAUGGCUCCGCUACUCCAGAUUGGUUUAUUGGUGUUAUUUGCUAUCAUCAUAUUCGCAAUCAUCGGACUGGAGUUUUACUCCGGAGCGUUGCACAAGACUUGCUACAGGUUGGAUAAUCUAAUUGCGAUGCAAAUCGAUGGAGCGAACCCGGCGCCUUGCAACUCGGACUCGGACUCAGACGAUGAGGCGAAGCCGUACAACGCGUUCUUCUGUGAUAGCACGAUGUCCACGUGCAUAGAAAACUGGGUAGGUCCCAAUUACGGGAUCACGUCGUUCGAUAACAUCGGACUGGCCAUGCUCACCGUUUUCCAAUGCAUCACCAUGGAAGGGUGGACUACCAUCCUGUACUGGAUGAACGAUGCGUACGGCGUGCUAUUCAAUUGGAUAUAUUUUGUACCACUUAUUAUUCUAGGUUCAUUUUUUAUGCUCAAUUUAGUUCUCGGUGUGCUUAGCGGAGAAUUCGCUAAAGAAAGAGAAAAAGUCGAAAACCGGCAAACGUUCUUGAAGCUACGGCGACAGCAACAGCUGGAACGCGAGCUCAACGGUUAUGUAGACUGGAUAUGCAAAGCCGAAGAGGUCAUCCUGGCCGAAGAACGGACCACAGAUGAGGAGAGAAGACACAUUAUCGAAGCGAGAAGAAGAGCUGACAUAAAAAGAAAAAAACUGAAAACCUUGGGCAAAAGCAAAAGCACCGAGUCCGAGGAAGAGUGCGAGGAAGAAGAAGCCGAUGAAGUGCUUGGUAAAGGCAAAAAAGGUUUCCCGCGCACGCCGACGUUUAAAGACCGAAUGCGAAAAAAGGGCGUUUGCGCUUCUAUGUGGAGAGCCGAAAAACGGUUUAGGUUUUGGAUCAGACGCAUGGUAAAAGCGCAAUGGUUCUAUUGGUUCGUCAUCGUAUUAGUGUUUUUUAAUACAGUGUUCGUGGCCAUCGAACAUCACAAACAACCACAAUUCAUAACGGACUUCAUGUUUGUUUCUGAGUACGUGUUCCUCAUGCUCUUCAUGGCCGAAAUGUUCAUCAAGAUGUACGCGCUCGGCAUACGGAUAUACUUCGAUUCCGCGUUCAACCGUUUCGAUUGUGUCGUAAUCAUGGGUUCCAUAUUCGAAGUCGUCUGGUCAGCCGUGAAAGGCGGUUCCUUCGGUCUGUCCGUGCUGAGAGCACUUCGGUUGUUACGAAUAUUCAAAGUGACAAAGUAUUGGUCUUCGUUGAGGAACCUCGUGAUAUCGUUACUCAACUCCAUGAGAUCAAUUAUAUCGUUGCUUUUUCUACUGUUCUUGUUCAUACUGAUAUUCGCACUGCUCGGUAUGCAGUUGUUCGGUGGACAGUUCAAUUUCGAGGAAGGAACGCCUCCAACAAACUUCAACACGUUCCCAAUAGCCCUGUUAACCGUGUUUCAGAUUCUAACCGGUGAAGAUUGGAACGAAGUCAUGUACCAAGGCAUUAGAAGUCAAGCCCAGACUCAAGGUGGAGGGAUGAUAUACGCUCUAUACUUCAUCAUCUUAGUACUUUUCGGUAACUAUACACUGCUGAACGUGUUCUUGGCCAUUGCCGUCGACAAUUUAGCGAACGCGCAAGAAUUAACAGCUGCCGAGGAAGAACAAGAAGAAGAGGACAAAGAGAAACAACAACAAGAACUCGAGAAAGAAAUGGAAGCAUUACAAAUGAGUACUGACCCGUCCAAGAUGGAAAUGAUACCAACAUCGCCAUCACAAAAUUCCAGUGUUUCACUUAUCAGACAUCACCGAAAACAUCAUUCGGAUGAGCCCGACAGCAAAGUAGAGGAAGAGGAAGAAGACGAAGGACCGAAACCCAUGUUACCGUAUUCGUCUAUGUUUUUGUUGUCACCUACCAACUGCAUUAGAAGAGCCGCCCAUUGGAUCGUCAAUUUGAGGUAUUUCGAUUUUUUUAUCAUGCUGAUUAUCAUAUUGAGCAGCGUGGCGUUAGCUGCCGAAGAUCCAAUUAACGACGAUUCGGAUUGGAACAAUUAUUUGGACGUAGUCGAUAACGUGUUCACAGUGAUUUUUGCAAUAGAAAUGAUACUGAAGAUAAUCGAUCUGGGGGUGAUUUUACAUCCCGGUUCGUACCUCAGAGAGUUUUGGAACAUAAUGGACGCGGUGGUGGUUAUCUGCGCUUUCGCUUCAUUCAUAUUCGCAAAGGGAAGCGGCGGUUCCGUCGGCUCGAACCUGUCGACCAUCAAGUCGCUCCGAGUGCUGCGAGUUUUGCGACCGUUGAAGACCAUCAAGCGCGUACCCAAGCUCAAAGCUGUGUUUGACUGCGUGGUGAAUUCACUGAAGAACGUUAUCAACAUACUUAUCGUGUACAUACUGUUUCAUUUCAUCUUUGCCGUCAUUGCCGUUCAGCUGUUCCACGGCAAGUUUUUCUACUGUAACGACAGCAGCAAGACCAUCAACGGCACAUGCCAGGGUUAUUAUUUCAAAUACGAAGCCGGCGACACUGAAGACGUGAAUUCACAAAAAUUCAUACCGACCUCGGAGAAGAGGAUAUGGGAUCAACAGGCCUUCUACUACGACAACGUGGCCGUGGCCAUGUUGACGCUGUUUGCCGUCCAGACGGGCGAAGGAUGGCCCCAGGUGUUGCAAAAUUCGAUAGCGGCCACGGAAGAGGACAAAGGACCCAUACCGAAUUACCACAUCGAGAGGUCGUUGUUCUACAUAAUUUAUUUUAUCGUGUUUCCUUUCUUCUUCGUCAACAUAUUCGUCGCGUUGAUCAUCAUUACGUUUCAAGAACAAGGAGAGGCCGAAUUACAAGACGGCGAAAUUGAUAAAAACCAGAAAUCUUGUAUCGAUUUUACCAUACAAGCCAGACCGCUGGAGAGGUACAUGCCGAAAGACAGGAACAGUAUGAAAUACAAGAUAUGGCGACUGGUAGUGUCGACGCCGUUUGAAUAUUUCAUCAUGAUACUGAUCGUCUUGAACACGCUGUUACUCAUGAUGAAGUUUUAUCAACAAAAAAAAUCCUACAAGACUGCUCUACAUUACAUGAACAUGGUGUUUACUGGCAUGUUUACCAUUGAGUGCGUGCUCAAAAUUUUGGCGUUCGGAGUCAGGAAUUUUUUUAAAGACCCGUGGAAUAUUUUCGACUUCAUCACGGUCAUCGGAAGUAUUGUGGACGCGCUGGUCAUCGAAUUUGGGGAACGCCUCGUAUAUGUGUACCGAACUUUGAUGAAUGUAGAGAAACCAACAGAUUUACCAAAACUGCUGUUUGGAGAAGUUGUGGAGGAAAACUUCAUAAACGUCGGAUUCCUCCGGCUCUUCCGGGCCGCAAGACUGAUAAAACUGCUCCGGCAAGGGUACACUAUACGGAUAUUGCUCUGGACGUUCGUCCAGUCGUUCAAAGCCCUGCCCUAUGUGUGCCUGCUGAUCGGCAUGUUGUUCUUCAUAUACGCCAUCAUCGGGAUGCAGAUUUUCGGCAACAUCCAGCUGGACCCCAACACGGAAAUCAACAGGCACAACAAUUUCCAAACAUUUGUCCAGGGUCUAAUGCUAUUGUUUCGAUGCGCCACGGGCGAAGCGUGGCCGUCGAUCAUGUUGUCUUGUAAUCAUGGGAAAAUGUGCGAGCCGGGUGCCAAAAAGUUGGACAACGAUUGCGGUUCGAACAUGGCCUACAUGUAUUUUGUGUCGUUCAUAUUUUUCUGCUCGUUUCUGAUGUUGAACUUGUUCGUGGCAGUCAUCAUGGACAACUUCGAUUACCUGACCAGGGACUCGUCAAUUCUGGGUGCACAUCACCUGGACGAAUUUGUUCGGAUAUGGGCGGAAUACGACCCAAACGCCACGGGAAAGAUACACUACACCGAAAUGUACGAUAUGCUCAAAAACAUCGAUCCUCCAUUGGGCUUCGGCAACAAGUGUCCCAACCGUUUGGCGUACAAGAAACUCAUCCGGAUGAACAUGCCAGUCGACCAGGACGGAAAGGUGCAGUUCACCACGACGCUGUUCGCGCUCAUCCGGGAAAACCUGAGCAUAAAAAUGCGAUGUGCCGAAGAGAUGGACCAGGCGGACGAAGAAUUGAGAGAGACAAUCAGACACAUAUGGCCGUUACAGGCCAGAAAGAUUUUGGACCUGCUCAUUCCAAAAAGCGAUUGUCUGAACACCGGAAAACUGACGGUAGGCAAGAUAUACGCGGGUCUGUUGAUUUUAGAGAGCUGGAAGUCCACGAGAUUCGGUCAGGUCGAAUCGUCGAAUCCACAGGACAUUGCAGAACAUAGUUCCCCAGAGCCGCACUCAUCAUUCUUCACGUGCCUGAUGGAGGCCGCUGGUGCGACAAAUUGGAACGCGGAACGUGGACAGGACGAGGACGAAAAUAGCUGUUUGCUGACCAGGAACAACUCCAGGAGCCGGUAA